AUAUGCAUAAUUCUCCAUGGUCGAGUUACUUCUUCGGCUAGUGUAUGUACUUCGAUCAUGCUCCAGCGCUUGCAAAGCCUCAAAACAGACUACCUUCGAACUCAGACUUUAUUGACAGAUACACAACUAGCACAAUAUCGGAGGAUUAUCAGAAACGCUUUCUAAAAAACUUGAAAAGGACGUUUUACUGAUAGGGUAUCUACAGGGCUUAAGAUACUUCCUUAACAAUACCCUGCGACACAACAAUGUCGGUGGAUGAAGACAAACAAUUUAUGUAUCGGUAUGGCUGGCUUAGAUUUCGUCCGUCGUGGCUGCAGUUUCUCAACACUCCAAAAUGGUUUCUUUUUUCCUUGAGUCAGUAUUUUUUCACCCAAAGUAUCAUCGUUAAUGGCGUCUACCCGGGCUCGAUCAGCACGAUUGAGAGGCGGUUUGGCUUCUCCAGUUACAUGAUGGGCAUGAUAAUAAGCAGUUAUGAUAUAGCAGCUACGAUCCUAACUCCGCUGAUCAGUUACAUCGGUGGCUCACGAAAGAAACCGCUGUUCUGUGCCUGGGGUUUGUUCGCUAUGGGAGUUGGAUUCUAUAUCUUCAUGUUGCCUCAUUUUGUUUCGCCUCCACUCGAAGCCACAGCUUUCAUUACAGACUCCAACGCAAGUAUUGAUGACAUAAGCGUCACUGACCCCAGACUUUGCUGGGCAAAUCGCACCGAUCAACUUGGAAAAAACCAAUGUAAAGAAGAAACCAAAGGCGGAAACACUCUCUACUAUGCGUUGUUCGUGCUGGGAAUGGUUGUUGCUGGAGCAGGUUGUACCCCAAUGUACACGUUGGGAAUCCCAUACAUGGAUGAGAAUGUCAAAGCUAAGGUGACGCCAAUGUACGUGGGCAUAUUUGCAGCUAGUGGGAUUCUUGGCGCUGCUGUCGGAUUUGUGUUGAUCUCCAGGUUUCUUUUGAUGUUCGUUGAACCUGGUGUCGAGACCUCUCUGACCGUACAGGAUAAACGUUGGGUGGGGAACUGGUGGAUAGGCUUUGCCAUAUUUGGUGCGAUCUGCGUGUUCUGGAGCAUUUGGUUAUUAGGAUUCCCAAAGGUGUUUCCUCUGACAAAGAAACGACGAGAAUUAGAAGUAUCUCAAACAAAAACGGUGAUCGGUGAGGAGAGGAGUGGAUAUUCAAGCCUGAGAGAUCUUCCUAAAGCCACAAAACUGGUAUUUUCAAGCCUCCCGUUUGUCUUCGUUACUCUGGCUGGCUGUUUGGAGGAGUUCGUCAUUGCAGUUUCCGCAGUGUUCAUGCCUAAAGUGAUUGAAGUUCAGUUUUAUCAGGCGCCAGAAAAAUCCGCUCUAAUUUACGGCUUGAUGGUAGUACCAUCUGCAUUAGUUGGAAACAUUCUGGGGGCAUACAUUAACAAACGUCUGAAACUCAACCUGACCGGAGCCGCCAAAAUGUGUUUUCUUGUUAGUUGUUUUGGACUCGUUAGUAGCAGUAUGCUGUUCCUGAAAUGUGACACUCCAAGCAUAACGGGUGUUAAUACCCCAUAUCCCAACAGCACUGAUCCCCAUCAGCCAUCAGCACCAUGUAACCAGGCCUGUAACUGCAGUGGAGUGAGCUACUCUCCUGUUUGUGAUGGAUCGCUGAAAUAUUUUUCACCGUGUCACGCAGGCUGCAGAAAAGCGAAUACGACGAGCAAGGGUCCGAUUCUUUACUCUGACUGCGCCUGCGCCGUAAAAUCUGGAUACAACUCUGGAAACUUGAAAAUGGGUAACUGUGGCGAUGACUGCGGACUCAAGUUGAUGUUAUUUAUGGUAUUUUUGACCCUGGUCUCGCUUCUUACGUUUAUGAAUUUCACUCCGGCGUUCAUCGUCACAUUAAGGAGUGUACUAACUGGCCAGCAGUCGUACGCGUUAGGACUCCAGAAUGACCUCAUGAGGAUCUUUGGGGCCAUCCCAGGACCUCUUGUAUUUGGAGCCCUCUUGGACAAGACAUGCAUACUUUGGAGCUCAAGGUGCGGUGACACGGGGUCAGUUUGCCUUGAAUACGACCACGAUGGGCUGGCUCAAGUUCUGCUCGCAGUGAUGACUGGCUGCAAACUUAUCACCGCUAUAAGUUUUUUUCUGAGUUGGUUCUUUUGCCGGCGACCACAAGGAAGAGAAGAGAUUAUAGUUGGGACAAAUAAGAAGGAAAACGACGGAGAAACUUCAUUGUGGUACGAAACAGUCAUCUACUGAGGACUAUGUUUCUAGACGCUUAGAGAAACAAUCUAUAUAUCUGUAUCCAUUAGAUAGAAGGAUAGAUACACAGGUACACGGAGAGGAAGAUUGAUGUGAAAGUACUUUAAUGAUAACUUUUAUUAGAUGUUUGCUAUCCCAUCGUCCUUUUUUCAAA